UCGCGCUUCGUACCUGGCGGCACAAAUGAAGAGCCCACAGAGCGAGACGAAGCAUGGCUAAAAGCGCAAUCCGAACUCGAUGCUCGUCGUGCCGAGAAGGCCGCUCAAGCACAGGCAAACUCCGGCAAAUCACUCUUCGAAACGCUAGAGGCGAACAAAGCGGCUAAGCAAGACGCCUUCGAGGAGAGUAUCAAAUUGAGGAACCAAUUCCAGGCUCUAGAUGAGGACGAUGUAGAAUUCCUGGACUCGGUGCUCGAGUCGACGAGAAAACAGGAAGCUGCGGUGAGGAAGCAGACCCGGGAAGAGCUGGAAGCGUUCAAGAGGCAGCAGCAGGAAGCUGAACAGGCUGCGAAAGUCAUGGACGUAUUGCCAGAACCACCGGUCGAGACGAGUAGUUGGACGGUGUCGCGGAAGCGAAAGAAGGGAAGAGAAGAUGUGCUAGGAGGCGUGAAGUUGCGCAAAGCUUCUUCUGGUGCGAAGACCCCUGGCGAGGCUGUGAAGGACGAG